AUGGCAUCUCUUCCAUAUCUCCCCCUUCCUCAACUUGCUAUCUCAUACCUAAGCCUGCUCUUUCUCCUGCAUGUUCUCCCGCUUGCCAUAUCACAAGAUCCAACCUUCUCAAGCCCCACUAUAGCUCAAUGCACGACGAGUCUUCUUCCAUUGGCUUCAUGUGCAUCAUUCGUGCAAGGUGUAACACCGACGCCACCUAUGGUAUGCUGUGAUAACCUGAAACAACUCUACAACAAUGUCCCCACCUGCCUUUGCCUCUUGUUGAACGGUACUACCUUGAGCUCUUUCCCUAUCAACACUACUAGAGCUCUAGAACUGCCUGAUCUUUGUAGCCUUCAAGUUAACAUCUCCAUUUGUUCAGCUCUCCUUGGGCCACCUAGUCCGCCCAGUUCUCAUGUUCCUCCUAGAGUAAACACCAACUCCACAAUCAGCAAUGCUACGGUUUUAGCUUCUCCAGUGACUCAACCAACACCAAAACCUAGCAUUGUGGGUUUAGGAUUGGGCAGGAUCAGUGCUAGUUUCAAACUAAGGGCAGGAAUUCAGGUCACAGUAGUGAUUGCUAUGAAGACUUUUCUAUUUCUUGUAGUACUUUAUUGA